AUGGUGGAGAAGGGCAACAGUCUGAUGUUACCAGGCACCAUCGGGGCCAUUCUGGUGGUGGUAGCAGGGUUAUCCUAUCAACAAUCAGGAUUUGUGGUGGGUCUCUUAAAGGGCUUUUUCUCCGAAGAUUGCUGGGAGACUUGGCCUCCUUCCGCAGAAUGCGUGGUACACAAUGUACCCAUUCUGAUUGCCGUUAUUUCCACGGUGGUUCUCUUCCAAAUUGAACACGAAGACUUGAAAAGUGAUGAGCUGGGAACUGUGGAUGCCAAGGAAUUACUCUCCAAAAUUCGUGAACUGGCCGAACUUUCCGACUACAAAGAGGCCGUCAUGUUGGACGCCAUUGAUUGGCUGUGGAAAUUAUUUGAGAAAGAGCUCAGGAUUGCCAUUGACAAAACCAGAGAACAGACUGUAGUAGAAUAUGCCGAUGGCGAAAAGCUGGCAGCUCUCAUGGAACGGAUUUAUGGUAACCUCAAAAAGUUUUCCUCUUCGGCAGGGUACCUUCAAGAUCCGGAGGACAAAAAACGCAUCAAUAGGCAAAUCCGUGUCGCUUGGAAACUUGGAAUUCAGAUUGGCUUUGAGGGAAUUUCCAAGGCAUGCAAAAUGAUUGCCAUUGCUGGCACUGAUUCUUUGAUUUGGGUAGCGGCCCAGACAGUCUUUACAACCCUUACAGCCUCCACGACUGCCUUGUCCUAUUCCUACAGAGCCCAAGUGCUCCAAGUCUGA